AUGGAAUUAAACAACGACAAACUGGCGGAAGAUGUUGUAAUCGAUGAAAAUUUCAAUCCAGAUGAAGUAAUGUUAUUAAAUUUAAUAUUACAUGUAUUCAUGGCUGCGUUCUCUCUAGCGGAAAAAGACAUGAUUAGCAAUUUAUUAUUGGAAGACUUCAAACAAUUUUUCUUACAAACGGGACCAUCAGUAGUUAAUUCAAAUUUAUAUAAAAAAGCCCGCUUCGUGUCAUGUUUUGGAUAUACUUCUCGUAUCAACUUUUAUUAUGGAGUUAAAAUGUUUAUUAUAAACCAUUUACAAAAUGAAAUAAAGCCACAUGUCUUAAAUGCACCCAAUCAUACUUUUUUGAAGUCAUUGGUUACUGCUUGGGAAAUUUAUAUAGAAGCUCUAACCACAAUAAAUAAUGUUAUGGAUUAUAUGGAGAGUAUUCAUUCUGGCCAUAACAAACUAGAGCAUUUUGACAAGCUUGGACUAAUCUUGUUUCGUUGUAUGGUGAAUUUUUCAAAAAUGUGUACUGUGUUAAAAAUGGAUAGUUUUUUUAAUGGUUAUGCAAAAUCAUUGUUUAUGAGAUUAACAACUAAGUUUUUCCAAUCAUUAAGUGAGGACUAUUUAUUUCAAUACUGCGCAUGUAGUUAUUUUAAAAAUGUUGAUGCCAAAAUAACAGAAGAAAUGGACAGAAUACAAUUUCAUUUAGAUACAAAAACUGUUAAUGAAAUUUAUGAUAUUAUUAAAGCAGAACUCAUUAUAAAAAAUUUGAAGACUAUUUUAGAGAUGAAAAAUUGUGGUGUUGUAUAUAUGUUGAAGAACAGCCAAGAUGAGGAUUUGAAAUGGAUAUACCAUUUUUUAAGUUCUGUGAAUGAUGGUGUAAAAGUAAUGUUUGAAAGUAUGUGUCCAUACUUUCGUGAAAUAGGGACAACAGUUGUAUUAGAAAAAAAAGGGAAUUCUAAUGCUAUCACUUGUAUUCAGAGCUUAUUGGAUUUGAAAGAUAAAUUCGAUAAUUUAAUGAUAAAUCUAUUCAACAAUGACAGAUUAUUUGAUGAAAUUGUUGGUAGUGAGUUUGGUUUUUUCUUAAAAUUUAAUUCACUUAUACCUAAAUUUUUAUCUAUAUUUAUUGAUUUUAAACUAAGAAGAGAAAGGGCUAUGUAUAUCAGAAAUUUUACCAAAAUUGAAAUGAACAAAGUUGUGUUUCUAAUUAAACAUCUUCAAGAUAAAAGCAAUUUUGAAAAGUUCUAUCGAAUUCAUUUAGCCGAGAGGUUACUUUAUUAUAGGAAUGUCGAUAUGAAAGUAGAAAAUAGAGUUAUCAUGAAACUUAAAAGAGCAUAUGUGAAUGGCUACGGAUAUAGCAAUUCGUUAUUUACAUCAAGGAUUGAGGGGAUGUACAAGGAUAAGUUUGAAUUAUCUAAACCUAUCAUGUACAAGUAUAAGGAGUAUGUUUUUGUUAACAAGUGUAUUUUAGGUACUCUACAGCCUUUUGAUCUUAAUGUAGAAGUAAUAAAUUCAGUUUAUUGGCCAGUAACAUAUCCAAAAUCAAUGUGCAGAGUACCAUCAGUUGCUUUGAGUGCUUUUAAUGAUUUCAAAACAUUCUAUUCAAAAAUAGAAGGCAGAAAGACUUUAAAGUUAUUACCUCAGUUUGGUACAGUUGAAUUGGACGCAAUUUUCUAUGAUGCGCCAAGGUCAAGUAAACGUUCAUGUGAUGGUGAAUAUUCAACAACCAAUAAUCAGUGCUGCGUUGAACGAAAGUACAGAGUUAUAGUGACAACUUACCAGAUGUUUGUGCUUGAUAUGUUCAAUACAUAUGAUUUUUUAACAUAUGAAAGAAUUCUGAAGGAAACAAUGAUUCCAGAAAAAAGUUUACUAAACGCAUUGCAUGGAUUGGUGCAAUUUCACCAUUUACUUUUUAAAUUUCCCAAAUGCCGAGAAAUUAAAUCAAAUGAUAGAUUUUCUAUUAACGAAUUCUUUAGAAUUAAAUAAUUCCUUAUUAACAUUCAAAGGAUUCA